AUGCAGCGCCCCGCAUUGCGCAGGCCGGGCCCCCGCCAGCCCCUCCGCACUAUGGGGUCUGCAGACCGAGAAGAACCCAAGGCCAUCAGCUCACCCUCCGGACUCGCAUACCCGGAUGAUGUCCCGGACUAUGGCCUCAAGCCAGUCAACCCCCUCGCCAGUCUCUCUGGCGAGCCCCCAGGCCGGUUCGCAGAGCCGGAUAGGAUAGGGUUCCAGAACUUUCUGAGCCCGGCCAAGCCAGCAGGGGCUUCGGGCCCGAGCCCUCGGAUCGAGAUCACUCCAUCCCACGAACUGAUGCAGGCAGGGGGCGCCCUCCGUGGGAGAGACACCGGCCUGCCCCCGGAGCAGCCGGCCCUGGCCCUGGCCGGCGUGGCCGCCAGCCCGAGGUUCACCCUGCCCGUGCCCGGCUUCGAGGGCUACCGCGAGCCGCUUUGCUUGAGCCCCGCUAGCAGCGGCUCCUCUGCCAGCUUCAUUUCCGACACCUUCUCCCCCUACACCUCGCCCUGCGUCUCGCCCAAUAACGCCGGGCCCGACGACCUGUGUCCCCAGUUUCAAAACAUCCCUGCUCAUUAUUCCCCCAGAACCUCUCCAAUAAUGUCACCUCGAACCAGCCUCGCCGAGGACAGCUGCCUGGGCCGACACUCGCCCGUGCCCCGUCCUGCGUCCCGCUCCUCCUCGCCCGGUGCCAAGCGGAGGCAUUCGUGCGCAGAGGCCUUGGUUGCCCCUCUGCCCGCAGCCUCACCCCAGCGCUCCCGGAGCCCCUCGCCGCAGCCCUCGCCUCGCGUGGCUCCCCAGGACGACGGCAUCCCCGCUGGGUACCCCCCCACGGCCGGCUCUGCCGUUCUCAUGGAUGCCCUCAACAGCCUGGCCACCGACUCGCCCUGCGGCAUCCCCUCCAAGAUAUGGAAGACCAGUCCCGACCCGACUCCCGUGUCCACCGCCCCGUCCAAGGCCGGCCUGGCCCGCCACCUCUACCCUGCCGUGGAGUUCCUGGGGCCGUGCGAGCAGGAGGAGAGGAGGAACUCGGCCCCCGAGUCCAUCCUGCUGGUACCACCCACCUGGCCCAAGCAGCUGGUGCCCGCCAUCCCCAUCUGCAGCCUCCCCGUGACUGCAUCCCUCCCUCCCCUGGAGUGGCCACUCUCCAAUCAGUCAGGCUCCUAUGAGCUGCGGAUCGAGGUCCAGCCCAAACCCCAUCACCGGGCCCACUAUGAGACGGAGGGCAGCCGUGGUGCAGUCAAAGCCCCCACAGGAGGCCACCCUGUGGUGCAGCUCCACGGCUACAUGGAGAACAAGCCUCUGGGGCUUCAGAUCUUCAUUGGGACAGCCGAUGAGAGGAUCCUUAAGCCACACGCCUUCUACCAAGUACACAGGAUCACGGGCAAAACCGUUACCACCACCAGCUAUGAGAAGAUUGUGGGUAACACCAAGGUCUUGGAGAUCCCCCUGGAGCCAAAGAACAACAUGAGGGCCACCAUCGACUGUGCAGGCAUCCUGAAGCUUCGAAACGCCGACAUCGAGCUGCGGAAGGGCGAGACAGACAUCGGCAGGAAGAACACGCGGGUGCGCCUGGUGUUCCGCGUCCACGUCCCGGAGCCCAGUGGCCGAAUCAUUUCCCUGCAGGCGGCGUCCAACCCCAUUGAAUGCUGUAAGUUAGGCCUCAGGGCUGUGAGUUUCUGGGGGAAGGGACCACACAUGAGCAUCUGCCCUGGGCAGGUGGCCUGCAGGAAUCCAUGGGACUUGCAAGGACACACAGUUGGUCUAUAGUGACAGAGGGCAGAAACUGUA